AUGGCUGAGAAGCUGGCUCCCCCGGGGGAGCUGUUCUUGCGCAAGGGCCGGGAGUCGGUCUCCUCCCUGGAUCUGGACCGCCUGACGCCGGGAGAAGAGUCCUCGGAUAGCGAAGGGGAGCAGGACGGCGCCUCUCACAAGCUCAUCCGCAAGGUGUCCACCUCUGGCCAGAUGAGGACCAAGAAGAGUGUGAAGGAGGGUCUCCUGUUGAAGCAGACAAGCUCCUUCCAGAGGUGGAAGAGGCGGUACUUCAAACUGCGAGGACGGACCCUCUACUAUGCCAAGGAUUCUAAGUCUCUGAUCUUUGAUGAAGUAGACCUGUCAGAUGCCAGCGUAGCAGAAACCAGCAUCAAGAAUAUUAACAACAGCUUCACGGUCAUUACGCCUUUCCGAAAACUCAUCCUCUGCGCAGAGAGUCGAAAGGAGAUGGAAGACUGGAUUGGUGCCUUGAAGUCUGUCCAGAAAUGGGAAAUCAAUGAGGCCUCCCAGUUCAACAUGGAGCACUUUUCUGGCAUGCACAAUUGGUACGCCUGCUCCCAUGCCCGGCCCACCUUUUGCAACGUCUGCCGGGAGGCGCUGUCUGGGGUCACCUCUCAUGGUCUUUCAUGUGAAGUUUGCAAGUUCAAAGCCCACAAACGCUGUGCUGUGAGAGCUACCAACAACUGCAAAUGGACCACUCUGGCCUCCAUAGGAAAUGACAUCAUUGAAGACGAAGAUGGGGUGGCCAUGCCCCACCAGUGGCUGGAAGGGAACCUCCCUGUCAGCGCCCGAUGUGCCGUUUGUGACAAAACGUGUGGGAGUGUGCGGAGGCUGCAGGACUGGCGCUGUCUCUGGUGCAAAGCAAUCGUCCACAGUGCGUGCAAGGAGCUGCUGGGGAAGAAGUGCCCCCUGGGGCAGCACAAGGUCUCCAUCAUCCCCCCGACCACCCUCAACAGCAUCGACUCAGACGGAUUCUGGAAGGCCACCUGCCCCUCCUCCUGUUCCAGCCCCCUGCUGGCGUUCAUCAACUCGAAGAGUGGGGACAACCAGGGGGUCAAAUUCCUGCGCAAGUUCAAGCAGUUUCUCAACCCGGCCCAAGUCUUCGACCUGAUGAAUGGGGGGCCACACCUGGGGUUGCGCCUCUUUCAGAAGUUCUCCACUUUUCGCAUCUUGGUCUGUGGCGGUGAUGGCAGUGUGGGCUGGGUGCUGUCUGAAAUCGACUCACUGGGACUGCACAAGCAGUGCCAGCUUGGCGUCCUGCCACUGGGGACUGGCAAUGACCUGGCCCGGGUGCUUGGCUGGGGCAGCCUCUGUGACGAUGACACACAGCUGAUGCAAGUUCUGGAGAAGCUGGAGCGAGCCACCACCAAAAUGCUGGACAGGUGGAGUGUCCUGACCUACGAGGCCCCCAAGCAGUCUCCUCCAGCCAUCAAAGAAGAGGAGAAUGAGGAUUCCAACAUCCAGGCUCAGAUUUCCCACUAUGCCGACUCAGUGGCCUUCCAUCUGGCAAAGAUCCUGGAGUCCGACAAACACUCCGUGGUGAUUUCUUCAGCAAAGUUCCUCUGUGGGACAGUGAAUGACUUUGUGGCUGAAGUGGGCCGAGCCUACGAGCGGGCAGCCGACAGCAAGCAGGAAGCGGACACCAUGGCUCGAAAGUGUGCAAUGCUGAAUGAGAAGCUAGACUCCCUAGUUCGGGAGCUGAAUGAUGAAUCGCAGGCUAUUGUGGUCCCUGAAGGCACCUCGCCGGCAGCCUUGCCCAGUCCCGAAAUCCCAGACAGCGACAAGGAAGUGACAUUCCGUCCCAGCCCUGUGCCUAGGAUUUUUAAGUCCAAGGAGCAGCUCAUGCUGAGGGCCAACAGCCUGAAGAAGGCCCUGCGGCAGAUCAUCGAGCAGGCUGAGAAAGCUGUGGACGAGCAGAACAAGCAGACCCAGACCUACAGGAGCAUCACGGUUGCCAGCAAGAAGGACAGCAAUGAGGAUUUCAACAAGGAGACAGAGAAGCUUAAAUCCCGUCGGGACACGGUCAUCAGCACCACUUCCUCUAUCAUCCUGGACAGACCUGACAGCUUCAGUGCAGUCCACUUUGCUGAGGACCCUAAUGCCAUACAAUUCUCUGAAAGAUGCGUCAUGAAUAAUUAUUUUGGCAUUGGCCUGGAUGCGAAGAUCUCUCUGGAAUUCAACAACAAAAGGGACGAGCAUCCCAAAAAAUGCAGUAGCCGCACAAAGAACAUGAUGUGGUAUGGAGUCCUGGGAACGAAGGAGCUUCUCCAGAGGACCUACAAGAACCUGGAGCAGCGUGUCCAGCUCGAGUGUGACGGGGUGCCCAUUUCCUUGCCCAGCCUGCAGGGCAUUGCUGUGCUCAACAUCCCCAGCUAUGCAGGAGGCAUCAACUUCUGGGGAGGCACCAAGGAGGAUAAUAACUUUGGAGCUCCCUCCUUUGAUGACAAGAAGCUGGAAGUGGUUGCGGUCUUUGGCAGCAUCCAGAUGGCGGUGUCGCGGGUCAUCAACCUUCAGCAUCACCGCAUUGCACAGUGCCGGAUGGUGAAGAUCACAAUUCGAGGAGACGAGGGAGUCCCAGUGCAGGUGGAUGGGGAAGCGUGGAUCCAGCCUCCCGGCAUGAUCAAAAUCCUACACAAGAACAGAGCUCAGAUGCUGACCAGAGACAGGGCUUUUGAGAGCACCCUCAAAUCAUGGGAGGACAAGCAGAAGGGUGAGGGCUACCGGGCCACAUCCCGCCCCCGCCUCAGUUCCCAGCAGUCCAUGGAGUACUUGAUGGAGGAGGAGCUCGGCCAGAUGCAGCAGCUCGCCCAAGUGACAGAAACCCUCAUUAGCAGGAUCCGUGAGGCUGCCAAGACACGCAAAGCCAUAGAGCAAGAGUUGGCACAUGCCGUGAAUGGCAGCUCCCUGGCAUUGAGUGAGGCCUUGCCCAGCAAAGGUGGCAGCAGCAGCCCUGAGGUUCUGAGCAGAAGCACAGCUGUUGAAGUGUCGGUGAGCGUGAAAGCCCUUUACACCGAAACCCGAGCUUUUCUGGAAGGGAAAGUGCAGUUGGACUCCCCCCAGCAAGAAGAAGGACUCCGGCAUGCCCUGAGAGCCGUCGGCCAAGAACUUCAGAAACUUUCCGAUAUUCAUUGGAUGGCACCAAUCAUCAACUCUGCUGAGGAGGAGACUUCAGUUAGCAGCAACAAGGGCAGCCUGAAAUUACGCAUCAACCUGGCUAAGCCCAAGCGGGAGAAGGAGAAACCGCAGAAGCAGAAAUCCAGCAGCCUCACACCAGUGGACAAAUGGGGCCCUGAGGAAGUGUCGACCUGGCUGGAGGCGCUUGAUUUAGGGGAAUACAAAGACAUUUUUAUGCGCCACGACAUCCAGGGCCCUGAGCUGAUCCUGCUGGAGAGAAGAGACUUGAAGGAUCUUGGGAUAUCAAAAGUGGGCCAUGUGAAGAGGAUUCUCCAUGGAAUUAAGGACACUACCGGCCAGCUUUAGACGCCAGCAGGACACGGCAGCCGUGCCCUCCAACCCCC